AUGGGAGCUUGCUCUGCAAACUUGGGAAGGAUGGCAAGGAUGGCUUGCCUGCGCGGAGCGCAGGGCCCCCGGACUUUGAGGACCGCAACAACCGCUUCUGGGUGGGCGGUGAAGUUUUUGGAGGCCAUGCUCCACCCGAAGUCGAAGAUCGCUUUUGCCAUCUACACCAGCCGGCAGCUGCGGAACGCCCAGCCGCAGGUGGACAUGUUGUUCCAGAGCAUCGGGCGCCGCGACUUGCAGAAGAACCUCUUUGCCGUCUUCGCGGGAGAUGACUUCUCAGUGCCGGAUCCAGAAGCCGGGCCGUACAAGUCCAAGCAGAGCCUGCCAAGGAUUUGGCAAGGUCGGGCGUGUGCUGCCCCAGGAGUGAAGUUCGACAUGUGCAACACCGUGAAUUUGGACAACGAAGUGUCGAAACUCCGGGAACACUUGGAGAAUGGAAUCGUUGAUCCGAGCUUCGCCGCAGCUUCUUUGGGCAGGGAGGACAAGGUGCUGGUGUCCCUCCAAGAGUACUUGACGUGCCUGGCCAAGGAAUGCCAUGGAGAUGUGCGUGAGUACAUGAAGUUGUUCCCACUCAGCCCAGGUGCAUCCAUGUCUCGUGCUCUACCACCUGCAUCUGCCUUCGAGGAGGACGAGGAGGACGAUGUGAUCAAGUUGACGCAGCAUCUUUCAAAGGUCGCUCUCGAGGCCACCGCGUCUGAGCAAGAUCACGCGGGCAAGCCGCGCGCUCAGCAGCCUUACCCGUCGGGGCACAGUCCGGAGUUCAGCUGCAGCCCAUAG